AUGGGUUCUCAUAUUAACCUUUUUGCCGAUGAAACUAGUCUUCAGAUAAUUGUUGAUCAUCCGGUAUCUGCUGCAGGUAUUCUUCAGUCCGAUAUCAACAAAAUCUCAGAUUGGGCUGACAAAUGGCUAGUCUCAUUCAACCCUUCUAAAUCAGAAACAACAGUAAUUUCAAGAAAAACAUCAAAACCUUUCCAUCCACCUCUUCUUAUGUACAAUCAACCAAUAGCCUCUGUUACUUCCCAUAAACACCUUGGCGUUCACUUAUCUGAAGAUGGUUCUUGGCACACGCAUAUCACCUAUAUUACAGAAAAGGCAUGGAAACGCAUCCAUAUUAUGGGCAAAUUAAAAUUUCAACUUGAUAGGAAAUCUUUGGAAAUCAUAUAUCUUUCUUUUAUACGACAACUUCUUGAAUACGCUGAUGUUAUCUUUUCAAACUGCACUCAGUAUGAGAAACAAGAACUCGACAAAAUACAGAAUGAAGCAUCCCGAAUUGUAUCUGGAACUACUCAGCUAGUAUCUUUUCGUGAACUUCAUAAAGAAGUUCCUUGUGAAUCUCUUGAAACCUGGAGACGAAACCAUUGUACAAAAUGA